CCCAGGUCUGAGACAUGGUCUAGGCCAGUAACUAACUGGUUUGUCUGUCCCCCAGGUCUGAGACAUGGUCUAGGCCAGUAACUAACUGGUUUGUCUGUCCCCCAGGUCUGAGACAUGGUCUAGGCCAGUAACUAAAUGGUUUGUCUGUCCCCCAGGUCUGAGACAUGGUCUAGGCCAGUAACUAACUGGUUUGUCUGUCCCCCAGGUCUGAGACAUGGUCAAGGCCAGUAACUAACUGGUUUGUCUGUCCCCCAGGUCUGAGACAUGGUCUAGGCCAGUAACUAACUGGUUUGUCUGUCCCCCAGGUCUGAGACAUGGUCUAGGCCAGUAACUAACUGGUUUGUCUGUCCCCCAGGUCUGAGACAUGGUCUAGGCCAGUAACUAACUGGUUGGUCUGUCCCCCAGGUCUGAGACAUGGUCUAGGCCAGUAACUAACUGGUUGGUCUGUCCCCCAGGUCUGAGACAUGGUCUAGGCCAGUAACUAACUGGUUGGUCUGUCCCCCAGGUCUGAGACAUGGUCUAGGCCAGUAACUAACUGGUUGGUCUGUCCCCCAGGUCUGAGACAUGGUCUAGGCCAGUAACUAACUGGUUUGUCUGUCCCCCAGGUCUGAGACAUGGUCUAGGCCAGUAACUAACUGGUUUGUCUGUCCCCCAGGUCUGAGACAUGGUCUAGGCCAGUAACUAACUGGUUUGUCUGUCCCCCAGGUCUGAGACAUGGUCUAGGCCAGUAACUAACUGGUUGGUCUGUCCCCCAGGUCUGAGACAUGGUCUAGGCCAGUAACUAACUGGUUGGUCUGUCCCCCAGGUCUGAGACAUGGUCUAGGCCAGUAACUAACUGGUUGGUCUGUCCCCCAGGUCUGAGACAUGGUCUAGGCCAGCUGACGUUAAGUGAUGGGACAUGUUACACGGGUCAGUUCGAGAACGGACUCUUCAACGGCUGUGGGAUGCUGGUCUUCCCUGAUGGAUCCAGGUACGAAGGAGACUUCAUUCAGGGGAAGUUCCAAGGCGCAGGCGUCUUCAGUCGUUUCGACGGGAUGAAGUUCGAGGGAGAGUUCAAGAGUGGAUGUGUGCAGGGAUACGGUAUGCUGACGUUCGCUGACGGAGGUCCGGAAAGAGGGGGAGGAGGAGGAGGAGGAAGAGGAGGAGGAAGAGGAGGGACGAGCCACGAGGGUCUGUUUGAGAGAGGCCAGCUGGUGGGCAGAGAGGGGUGCCAGGGCACGGUGCAGCGGGCACAGGGGGCAGCCGCCAAGGCACGGGCGCUCUCCAUGUGACCUGCGGCUAGGGUGCGCUACUCAGGGAGCACUUCACUAUCAUACUCACACCCUUCUUUUUCUUCAUUCAUUUCAUUCUGUUCUCUGUCUUUACGGCUGUACUCCUCUGUACACAGUGUACAAAACAUUAAGAACACCUUUGCUCUCAGAACAGCCUCAGUUCGUCGGGGGCCUGGACUCUACAAGGUGUCGAAAG